AAUUUCGUCAUUUAUUGUCCGAUGAUAAUUAACUGAUUAAAGAUUAACGAAAAUGAUGUACGAUCCGGAAAACCGAACAUACGAUUUAGGCUUGUGGCCUAUUCUUCGAAGAUUGUCUCAUGAACAACUUGUUAACAUACAUAGAUUUUUUGUAUUCAAUUAUGGUCGUUCGAUUAUUUGGAUUGAUCGAAGUGGCACUGUUUUUGCUUUUGGUAUCAACGAAUCUUAUAAACUUGGAGUAUUUGGAUCUGGUUUCUUAUUCUCAAAAAAUAAAGAAUAUGUAGAAGUAGAUAUCGAAAAAUAUCCCAUGGAAUUAUGUUUAUUAAACGGAAUGGAUUUUCGAUUAGAAGAAGGUGGUAAACAUAUGGUUGCUUUGAAUUCAUCAGGUCAAUUAUUUACAUGGGGCAGCAAUAAUCUUGGUCAACUUGGUACAGGAAACAUCACCGAAUGUGAACAUAUAAAUUAUAUCAUCGAUAAAAUUGUUGACAUUUCCUGUGGCUAUGGCCAUACAAUUGCACUCACCACUGAAGGCAAAAUAUUAUACUGGGGUUCGAUUACUGAAGAUCAUAUUCAUGCGAAUCCUAUUCGAUUUUCAAAAUUGGAAGAUAAAAAAAUUGUUGAUAUUGCUUCACAUCGUUAUGGAUCAUUAUUUCGUAGCUGUGAUGAUGAAUUUUUUGCCAUCGGAAAAAUAAAUGGUAUUAUGCACGAUUUCAUCAAACUUGAAAUAGGAUCAUCGGCUGUGAAAAUCAAGCAAAUUAUCGGUGUUUCAAGUUAUUUUUUCUCUCUUUCCGAUGAUGGAAUCAUACAUAAAUGGAAGAAAAUAUCAAACUCAAAAAAUGAAUCUAGAAUCUCGCUUGAACCAUUGGGAAAAAUGCGAAAAAAAAUUUCAAAUAAUGGUCAUCGUGAAUUGGAAGAAAAUGGUCCGAAAAUCAAUCAAAUUUUUGUGGCCAGAAAUUAUGAAAAAUACGAUGAAUUUAUUGCCGUUUCAGACAAUGGAUAUUGUAUAUGGCGUGGUAUGUCCAUUUGGUUGACAUCGAUUUCUGAUGUAUGUUCAUUAUACAUUAAUUCACAGACUAUCGAUAUGACAGUAUUGUCAUCAUUUGUUAUUAGUCCAUCAUAUUUAAUUUCGUUAAAUAAUUUCAAUGAUUGUACUAUUGAUAAUGAUGAUUCUGUUUCAUUCAUACGAUUAAAAAUACAAGAUCGUAUAUUGUUCAUACAUCGUUCAUUCCUAAUGGAACGAUCGAAUUAUUUUCGUCAUAUGUUUAUUACAAAUGAAGAACCAAUUAAAAAUGGCGAUACAAUUACUAUUGAAACUGGUUUUUCAUUUCCUGUUUAUUAUUAUUAUUUACGAUAUUUAUAUACGGAUACUUUGUUUGUUGAACGUGAUCUACAAGGAAAACUAUAUGAAUUGGCUGUUAAAAAUGGUGAAAAUGAUUUGAAAAUUAAAUUAGCUCGUCAUUAUCAUGAUGAUGAACAUAAUAAUACAUAUCUGAAUUUUUAUACAAUUUCCAAAUAA